CGACCAACGCCCCUUAGUCAAGCUCAAGUUUCUUGUCGUAAGCUAAAGACUGCGGCAACCAAGCCUACACCCGGGACAACUCCGCGACACGUCCUCGAGCCCGACGUGCGCGUGUUCUCCAGACUCCCAAAGUCCACAUUAGGUGCAUACAUCCACCCAACUCUGCUCAUUCCGCACUGCACCCAUCCGUCGUCGAUCGUCCAUACGUCGCAGUGCCAAAGCUGCAACACGCAAGAUCUCAAAGCCUAAACGUGUAAACCCCUAGCACGCUAUAUUUGACACCACGACCUAUCUAUCGCCUGCCCGCCCGCCCGUCUGUUCUCCGCACUAGCCUCUCUUUCUCGAUAGCCUUUAGGUACUGCCAGCCAAAGUCAACAUUAAGCGUUAAGCAGCAAUGCAGUCUGACCCGGAUGAUCGAUCGCCCACGUCCCCCGUCGACGAGUCCUCCGACGCCGCGCUCUCCCCGCUGGGUGGCGAACCCGACCCCGAACCCGAGCCGCGGCCGGGGCUGAACGGGGCGCCAGUUCGCUGGUACGAUGCAGACCGCACGGAAUCGUAUACAAAGACGACACCGUUUCAGGAGAAGCACGAUACGUCCGUCGAGUUCUUCUACAAGCCCAUCACGCUUACCGCGCUCUCCCUCUCGCUUUGCGCGCUCGCGUAUGUCGCCACCACCCAAGACAUUCUCGAAGAGGGGCAGGACAAGCGGCGCAUCGGCGCAUAUGCCAUGAUCGCCGCCUUCCUCACCUUCUCCAUGCUUCAGUUCCGCGACGGUCCCUUCCUGCGGCCGCACCCCGCGUUCUGGCGCAUCGUGCUCGGCGUGAACCUUUUGUACGAGCUCGCGCUCGUGUUCCUACUCUUCCAGGAUCUGGGCUCCGCGCGGCGCAUGAUGACGCUGCUCGACCCGGCGCUGAACAGGCCGCUGCCGGAGAAGAGCUACGCGGAGCACUGCGAGCUGACACCGGCGAACGUGUGGGACGCGAUUGAUGUGUUUUGCGUUGCGCAUGCGCUGGGGUGGUUUGGGAAGGCGAUGAUUCUGAGGGAUUAUUGGUUCUGCUGGAUUCUGAGCAUCGCGUUUGAGCUGGCGGAGUAUAGUUUGCAGCAUCAGCUGGCUAAUUUUGCUGAGUGUUGGUGGGACCACUGGAUAAUGGACGUUUUAGUAUGCAACUGGAUCGGAACAUAUCUCGGUCUGAAGACAUGCCAAUAUCUCGAAGCCAAGCCAUACGAAUGGCGCGGGCUCCGGCAGACGCGCGGGCUGCGGUCCAAGGCGCGGCGCGUGCUGAGCCAGUUCUCGCCGCACGACUGGACCGCGUUCCAGUGGGAGGGCACGGCGUCGUUUGUGCACUACGCGACGGUCGUCGUGCUCCUCGCGCUGUUCCUCGCGGCGGAGCUGAACCCGUUCUACCUCAAGUUUCUGCUGUGGAUGGAGCCGGACCAUCCGAUCGUGAUUAUGCGGCUCACGGGCGUGUUUCUGUGUGGGCUGCCGGCUGUGAGGGAGUUGUAUCAGUAUAUUAAUAAUCCGCAGCGGGCGAAGCGCAUGGGCCAGCACUGUUGGUUGCUGCUUGCGACGAUUUUGACCGAGCUGCUGGUCAUUCUCAAGUGGAGCAAGGGCCAGUUUGAUGAACCGCUGCCAACGUACGUCAAGUGGGCGUGGGGCGUUGGAGGGGCGCUGCUCGUGCUGUAUCCGGCUGUGAGGUUUGGUGUCCCUGCAGUGAGGCGAUAUCUUCGCAAGCAGAAGAAGCAGGGGAGAAUUAAGAUGCAGUGAUCGAGAAUCGAGAUGUGCUGUCAACUUGCUGUUGGGCCGCUUCCGAUUUUGUUACGUAUUCGUCGAACUUGUAUACUUUUACCAAUACGCUAAUAUUGUUAUGUGACAUGAACUACCUAUAAAGCGACCUUCGAGUAAUUAUAUC